AUGACUGGUCCUGUCAAAACUGUUCCACUCCCAACCAUGUGUCAAGAUGAUAUAUCCUUGUGUGGCCUUUAUGCACAAAAUGCACUUGACAACUUCUUACAGCCUCGAAUAUCCAGAGUGAAAGACCUACUGAGUUCACAAUUUCACCUCCAUCUGUUUGCUUUUGUGCAGGUUCUGAAUCAUCACUUGGUCAAUACCAGCACAUCAGUCAAUGAUGUGAUUGAACAAACAUUAUCACUAUUAGUACCCAGUGCAAUGCCAUCUCCACCUGUAUCUUCAGCAUCGCUAGCAUCCCCAGCACCCUACUCUCCUCCUGAGCCAACACCAUUCCCAUCACUGAAAGGACCAAGAGCCAUGGCUCCCAAUGAUGCUAUCCCAAAAAUGGCGAAGUUAAAACUAGAUCUCCAUAAAAAUACAACAAAUGGUGAGGGCAUACUUGGGUAUUUCCCUCAAAUCACCCCAGAGGAAAAAGCCCUCAAGACAAAGCAGCAAUUUGAAGUGUUGCAUGAAUCAGGGGCAUUGUGCACUGUCAAAACCUGA